AUGAAGCAUAACAGGCAGAUGCCAGAUGAAAGCUUGGAAAACAUAAAAGUGCUACUGAAUCCUAAAUUAGGAAAGCCAGUCAAGUCACUUACGAGUGCACAAUCAAAAGCUUGCUAUCAUACGCUGAUCAGUAAUAAAAAUUUGAACAAGACAAGUGAUGAAUACGAAAAGUUAUUGGCAAACUAUAUCCUCCUUUGUGAUGAAAAAUACCUAUGUAAAACCGUAAUUCCAGAUUCCCGAUUUUGGGCUAUAUUGUGUGAUAAUUGCCAAAAGCUAAGGUCAGAAACGUUGGUAGCAAAUCUCAUUAGGAUUUUUAAUGUAGCCCUUAAAUGCCAAGAUUCUAAUAAGAAUGAAGUUAUUGUGAGCAUCUGCCACAUCUCCAGAGAGAACUCUCAGCUCAUUGGAAUACUUUUACAACUUUUGUCCCAAAGACCUAUUCAUAUACCGUUGUUUACGGACACUAUACUAUGCAUAACCCUAUUUUUAAAAUGCUCACUUACAUUAUGUGAGACAUCACUAUCACACGCCGUAGAAUUUGUACCCAGAAUCCUCAUUUUGCUAUUUCAGUAUAACUUUCCAGCUUCCAUGUCUGAAUUACUUUACAUAGAAGACUUGCAACCACUAAUCCUUGAAGAAUUUGUACCGUUAAAGCAGAGGCUAAUAAAUUUUCUAUCUUCGGUUAGUAUUGAUGAUUAUUCCUGUUCGCUUAAAGCUGAUCUUCUUACAGCCAUCAAAGAUAACUCCGUAUUCCAAAAAGGGUUAGAAAUGGAAAUGGGCGAUCUUCCCAGUAUAAAUUUAUUAAAUGCGUAUGAUACAUUCACAUUCUUAAACAGUCCUAAUGGGUCUUUCAAGAGACUUUACACUGAACAAUUGUUGUUUGGCGAGAACGAUUUCCCUCUUUAUGAAGCAAUAUUUAAACUUUCAGACCAAUUUAGAAGACUUUUCAAUCUAAGUGGGAAAAAAGAGAACCAAUACUCAGACUCAGAGCGUGAUUUAAAAUUACAAAUUGCUACCGCUGUUCUCAAUCGACAAACAUGUUUUUACAAAACACUCGAGUUGUUUUUGAGAUUUUGGAUAGAAUCAUUAGCAAAAUCGCAAAGUGAUUUGGUUUCACUGUUAAAUUUAGCUAUUAUCACUUUAAAAUAUGUUUGUUUGUCAUCCAGUGAUUUGGAAGCAGCAAUACAGACGAAAUCCCUUCUCAAGACCCAAGUUGUUGCACUUGACUCUAUGAGAUAUAAAUUUGCAAGAACAUUACAAUUAGACUCAAUCAAAAAAGAACAGUAUCGAACCUGGUCAUCUAGUAUCGCUAGCUUCGAUACCAUGCUAUCAGGCCAGGUUCGUGAUUACGUUCGUCAUCAAAGACUUCUUCAAUUGCAAAAGGGAACGUGGGUUUACGCAGAGAACCCACUGAAUCCUGAAGCUGGCACGCCUAAAGUCUACUUCCUCAUAGUUUCAGAUAACCACGCAAAUUUAUUAGCCAGAGAAUUCGAAACACAAACAAACGAUUUACCUUAUCUAUUCGACAAUAAAAUUUUAACAAGUCCAGGUUCUGAGGCAUUAGCUAAUGGCAGAACAAAAGUUGUUGUUUUGAAACAUAUAACCUCUUUCAAAAGCAUAGAACUUACUACACCGAGUCGUCGGACGAGCAGUAAUGUUUACAUCAAAUUAGAUGAAGCCAAUGUGUACACUGGAGUUGAAUUAAAAGAUCGUAACGACAGGACAGUUUUGAAAUUUUAUUUAGACACAGAAGAGGGAAGAUAUAUAUGGCUAGACGGAUUGAAAUUGAUAUCUCCAUUCCAGCAUGAAGAUAUAUCAGAAGACACGAAAGAACAAAUAGACACUUUAUUUGAUUUGAGGAAAAAUGUUCAGAUGAUAAAUUUGAACGUUCGUCAGGACAUCAUAGUGCCUCCACCUGAACCAAGCGACGAGGACGAAGAUGAAGAAUUUUAUAACUUGGAAACGUUAAAGAAAGUAACCCAAAAUUUUUAUUUUGAUUAA